AUGGCUCAGUUCAGCAAUGAGACCUGGCUUCAGUACACAGUGUGGAUGGCUCUCGUUGAAUGCCAAAAAGAAAAACACCCCAAAUCUACAGAGAAGAUCACAAAGACUGUAAAAGUCAGCAAUCCCAAGUUUUCCAAGGUGACUGGACAAAAAACACAUCAGGAAGCACCAAAGCACAAAAAGAAAGGCCAAGUCAAACCCACCACAGCUUCCCGACAAGGACGCCCACCCUUCUCCGCUCUAACACGGGCAGUGGCAAAGGGGCAGUUUCAGAAAGUUCCUAAUAUACUUGUGCUCAGAGCAGGUGACAUGCUGGACCUACGCUGUAAGGGAAUGGCUGUCAAGUGGAGAUAUCCCCCCUACCUGGAGGAUGCUGAGGUUGAGAGACGUCUCCGAAUCAAAUACUUUGAAAAGCACAGCCAGCUGAUAGUCCUCAACUCCACAGCAGCAGACACGGGCGAGUACAGCUGCUGGUCGCUCCAGUGCCGUGAUGGUGAUUGCCGUGAUGGAAACAGCAGACUGAGCCAAACAUUCAUCUUCUUCACAGACCCUCAGGAGCUAUUUGUGCCCACCGAGGAUUACUACGAAGUGAUUCAGCUGCGUACAAACCACGCCACCCUUCUGCCGUGCCAGGUGACAAAUCCACUCGCCAAAGUGACCCUGCACCGGGAGUUCCCCCCAGAGAAAGUGCCUGUGGAUGGGAUAAGCAUCUCCUACGAUGUGAAGAGAGGCUUCAUGAUCCACCGCCCACAUCCGUCCCUUGCUGGCUCCCUCUUCUGCAUGGCAAACCUGGAUGGAGUGAGGCAAAUUUCCACAAAAUACAUGCUGCUCUAUGUGAACUAUCCCUCCUCAGUGCCCAAGCCGUCUAUCAGAGCCUCAGCAGCCUCUUUUCGCGUUGGAGAAAACUUCAAUGUCACUUGCACUGUGUUUGGCGAACCAGAAAUUGCUGUUGAUUUCACGUGGGAAUAUCCAGGACAGCAGAUUGGCAGACCACCAUAUGUCCGGGAACACACCGAAUUGGUGCGUCAUGGUGGACAGGUGCAGCAGGAAUCUGAAAGCAUCCUAUACAUUGAUGAAGCACGUGCUGUGGAUGAUGGGGUGUAUACCUGCAUUGCCCAAAAUCUGCAGGGUGCCACCACAGUGUCUACUGGGAUUCACAUGCUUCCAGCCACGCUGGCCCCAAGGAAGGCAAAGUCUGGAUAA